AUGUGCAAGGAGGAGCAGCAUUGGGGUCAGCUCACCACCAUCCAGGAAAAACUCACCACCAUCCAGGAAAAUCUCACCACCAUCCAGGAAAGAAAAUCUCACCACCAUCCAGAAAAACUCACCACCAUCCAGGAAAAUCUCACCACCAUCCAGAAAAACUCACCACCAUCCAGGAAAAUCUCACCACCAUCCAGGAAAGAAAAUCUCACCACCAUCCAGAAAAACUCACCACCAUCCAGGAAAAUCUCACCACCAUCCAGGAAAAUCUCACCACCAUCCAGGAAAGAAAAUCUCACCACCAUCCAGGAAAGAAAAUCUCACCACCAUCCAGAAAAACUCACCACCAUCCAGGAAAAUCUCACCACCAUCCAGGAAAGAAAAUCUCACCACCAUCCAGGAAAAUCUCACCACCAUCCAGGAAAGAAAAUCUCACCACCAUCCAGAAAAAUCUCACCACCAUCCAGGAAAAUCUCACCACCAUCCAGGAAAAUCUCACCACCAUCCAGGAAAGAAAAUCUCACCACCAUCCAGGAAAAUCUCACCACCAUCCAGGAAAGAAAAUCUCACCACCAUCCAGAAAAAUCUCACCACCAUCCAGGAAAAUCUCACCACCAUCCAGGAAAAUCUCACCACCAUCCAGAAAAAACUCCCACCAUCCAGGAAAAUCUCACCACCAUCCAGGAAAGAAAAUCUCACCACCAUCCAGGAAAAUCUCACCACCAUCCAGAAAAAACUCCCACCAUCCAGGAAAAUCUCACUACCAUCCAGGAAAGAAAAUCUCACCACCAUCCAGGAAAAUCUCCCACCAUCCAGGAAAAUCUCCCACCAUCCAGGAAAAUCUCACCACCAUCCAGGAAAAACUCACCACCAUCCAGGAAAAUCUCACCACCAUCCAGGAAAAACUCACCACCAUCCAAAACUCACCACCGUCCAGGAAAAACUCACCACCGUCCAGGAAAAACUCACCACCAUCCAGAAAAACUCACCACCAUCCAGGAAAAUCUCACCACCAUCCAGGAAAAACUCACCACCAUCCAGGAAAAAUUCACCACCAUCCAGGAAAAUCUCACCACCAUCCAGGAAAAUCUCACCACCAUCCAGGAAAAAUUCACCACCAUCCAGGAAAAUCUCACCACCAUCCAGGAAAACCUCAGCGCUCGAGAUGAGACGCCCGACUAUCAGAGCAUCGUUAUCAUAAAACACUUCAAGCGGAUGAGCAGCCAGGCUAAACGAGAGGGACAGAGCGAGCGAGCUUCACUCCCGCGUGGUGACGGCGACCCCGGGGCGGACAGUUCUCCGAGCCCCCGUGGUUUUGUGGAGCUGCGUUUCGUGUUGGAGCCCCAGGACGCGGUGACGGUACGAGGUGGCGUGUUACAGCUGGACUGCCAGGCGCGAUCCGACCACGGCCUUCCAUCCAUCUCGUGGAAGAAGGACGGCGUGCUGUUGAGCUCAGUGGUGGACGAGCGGCGACAGCAGCUGGCCAACGGUUCACUGCUGGUACAGAACGUGGUGCACUCGCGCCACCACAGACCAGAUGAAGGAGCCUACCAGUGCCUGGCCACGCUGGAGGGCGUGGGGGCCAUCAUCAGCCGCACAGCCAAGGUCACAGUCGCAGGUCCUCUGCGAGUGGUGGUGCCCACCGAGUCUGUUUCAUCAUACAUGGGCGACACGGCGCUGCUGCGCUGUGAGGUGACGGGUGAGCCCAUGCCUGCGGUGAGGUGGCAGAAGAACCGUGAGGAGCUGCCCCUGACGAUCGACCCGGACAGCAGGGUGGUGGUGCUGCCCUCUGGCUCUCUGCAGGUCAGCAAGGUGCAGCCACCUGAUGCUGCCACUUACCGCUGCCUGGCGGAAAACCCGGGCAGCUCCCGAACCGGGACUGACGCCGACCUGCGGGUCUUACCAGAGCCCGGAGUUGUGAGGAACCUGGUGUUUCUUCAAAGGCCUGUAAGGGUCACGACUCUACAGGGGAGAGACACGGUGCUGGAAUGUUCGGCCUCUGGCUACCCGACCCCUUCUUUCUACUGGAUGAGAGGGAACGAGAUGAUCCAGAUCAGAUCUAGAAAGUACUCGUUGCUUGGCGGCAGCAACCUGCUAAUCAGUAGCGUGACGGACGACGAUUCGGGCACGUACAGCUGCGUAGCGCACAACAGGAACGAGAACAUUACCGCCUCCUGUGAGCUCUCCGUGCUGGUGCCGCCCCAGUUCUUAAACUAUCCAUCCAACACUUACGCCUACGAGAGCACGGACAUCGAGAUGGAGUGUGCCGUGACAGGCAACCCUCAGCCCACCAUCCGCUGGAUGAAGAACGGAGAGGUGGUCAUCCCCAGUGAUUACUUCCAGGUCGUGGACGGUGGUAACCUGCAGAUUUUGGGGCUGGUGCGAUCAGACGAGGGAUUCUACCAGUGUGUGGCGGAGAAUGAAGCAGGAAACGCCCUCGCCAUGGCGCAGCUCAUUCUGCUCGAGCAAGUUGUCCCGAGCCCAGCCGUCCUCCCCUCCUCCCCCCGGGACGUGACCCCCGUCCUCGUCUCCAGCCGCUUCGUGCGCCUCUCCUGGCGCCCCCCGGAGGAAGCCCGCGGCACCGUGCUUACCUACGGAGUCUUUUACUCGCAGGAGGGCGUCAACAGAGAACGCUCGGUGAAUGUGACAGAGCCGGAGAGUCUGCAGCUGACGGUGAACAACCUGAAGCCCGAGGCGGUGUACACCUUCAGGGUUAUCGCCUACAAUGAGCAGGGGCCGGGAGAGAGCUCCAAGCUAAUCCGCCUUUCCACACAGCCUGAGCUGCAGGUUCCAGGUCCGGUGGAGAACCUCCAGGUCGAGGCCAUGUCCCCAACCUCCAUCCAGGCCUCGUGGGAUCCUCCAGCAUACUCCAACGGCCCCAUUCAAGGCUACCGACUACUCUGGACCGAGACCUCCACCGGCAAAGAGCAGAGUUUGGAGGUGCUCAGCCUGAGCUACAGAAUGGAAGGACUGAAGAAAUUUACUGAGUACUCUUUACGGGUGCUGGCACUGAACCGUCACGGACCGGGCAUCGCCACAGAGGAUGUGCUCGUUACGACCCUCUCAGACGUUCCGAGUGCUCCUCCUCAGAACAUCUCUCUGGAAGUGAUCUACUCACGGAGUAUCAAGGUGAGCUGGCAGCCUCCCCCGGUCAGCGCACAAAACGGCUUCAUCACCGGCUACAAGAUCCGCUACCGCAAAACAGGCCGGCGCGGAGAGCAGGAGGCCAUCGAACCCAACAACCUCUGGUAUCUGUUUACAGGACUGGAAAAAGGCAGCCAGUACAGCUUCCAAGUGGCAGCCAUGACGGUCAAUGGCACGGGCCCUAACAGCGAAUGGUACAAUGCUGAGACUCCAGAGAACGACCUUGAUGAAACCCAGGUCCCGAACCAGCCAAGCUCCCUGCAUGUCCGCCCUCUUCCCAACAGCAUCAUAAUGAGCUGGACGCCCCCAUUAAAUCCCAACAUUUUAGUACGAGGAUACAUCAUCGGAUACGGUGUCGGGAGUCCCUAUGCUGAGACGGUGCGCGUGGACAGCAAGCAGCGCUACUACUCCAUUGAGAACCUAGAGCCCAGUUCUCAUUACGUGAUCUCUCUAAAAGCCUUCAAUAACGCAGGAGAGGGCGUGCCGCUGUACGAGAGUGCCGUCACCAGAUCCAUGUCAGAUCCCAUCGACUCAUCAGACGAUGAUUUGUUCCAUCUGUUUGAUAAUUUUCCCACCCCCAUCCCAGAUACCUCCACUCCCAUGAUCCCCCCUGUAGGAGUGCAGGCUGUGGCCCUUUCCUCAGACUCGGUGAGAGUGAGCUGGGCUGAUAACUCCAUCAGCAAGAACCAGAAGAGCAGCGAGACCCGAUACUACUCCGUCAAGUGGAGGGGCAGCCACUCCACCAGCACCAAGUAUAAGUCUGCAGACACCACAGUGCUGAGUCACACCGUUAGCGGUUUGAAGCCCAACAUCAUGUACGAGUUUGCUGUCAUGGUAACCAAAGGACGCAAGUCCAGCACGUGGAGCAUGACUGCACACGCCACCACCUACGAAGCAGCGCCCAGCUCCGCCCCGAAGGACCUGACGGUGAUCGGCCGAGAGGGUCGACCCAGAUCGAUUCUCAUCAGUUGGCAGCCACCACUUGAGGCUAACGGCAAGAUUACGGGUUAUAUAGUUUACUACACGCUGGAUAAGAACAUGCCCAUCGACGACUGGGUGAUGGAGCCCAUCACCGGAGACAGACUGACCCACCAGGUGAUGGAUCUGAACCUGGAUACUGUUUACUACUUCCGCAUUCAGGCCAAGAACGCCAAGGGAGUUGGGCCGCUCUCAGAGCCCAUCCAGUACAGGACCUCUAAAGUUGAACAUCCAGACAAGAUGGCCAACGACCAAGGUCGUCAUGGAGACAGCAGCUACUGGCCCUCGGACAAUAACCUGAUUGACAGGAGCAGUAUGAACGAGCCGCCCAUCGGUCAGAUGCGUCCACCGCACGGCAGCGUGACCCCUCAGAAGAACAGCAACCUGCUGGUGAUCAUCGUGGUGUCCGUUGGCGCGGUCACCAUCGUGGUGGUGGUCAUCGUGGCCCUCAUCUGUACACGUCGUUCCUCCGCCCAGCAGAGGAAAAAGCGAGCCACCCACAGCGCUGGUAAAAGGAAAGGGAGCCAGAAAGACCUGCGACCUCCUGACCUGUGGAUACACCACGAGGAGAUGGAACUGAAGAACAUCGAGAAACCAUCCAGCUCUGCUCCAUCCAGCCGAGAAUCACCGAUCCAGACCUGCCAGGAAAUCGCGCCGGUCAGCCACAGCCAAUCAGAGAGCCAGAUAGGCAGCAAGAGCAGCCAUUCAGGCGGGGAUGGGGACGAAGCAUCCAGCGGUAUCUCCACCCUGGACCGCUCUCUAGCUGCACGCAGGGCCACCCGCACCAAGAUGAUGAUCCCUAUGGACUCCCAACCCAGCAAUACACCGGUUGUAAGUGCCAUCCCGGUGCCAACGCUGGAAAGUACUCAGUACCCGGGCAUCCUGCCGUCACCCUCCUGUGGCUACACGCCUCACUCGAAAUUCACGCUCAGGCCGAUGCCCUUCUCCACGCUGACUGUAGACCGUGGCUACGCCGCAGCCAUGGCAGCAGAAGCGCCCCAGCCGCAGACGUCCAUGAUCCCCUCCGUACAGACAGACGCCUCGAGUUCGGAGGAGAUACCGAGCCGCACGAUUCCCACGGCGUGCGUUCGCCCCACACACCCCCUGCGCAGCUUCACCAACCCCCUCCUGCCCCCGCCCAUGGGCACCAUCGAGCCCAAGGUCUACACUCCCAUGAUGCCUCAGCCAGGUGGCAGUCUCCCGAAACCGCAGGUGAAGACGGCCUCGCUGGGACAAGCAGGGAAAGCCAGAUCGCCGUUACUUCCUGUGUCAGUUCCUACCGCGCCGGAAGCUGCAGAAGAUGGUCAGAAACAUCCAGAUGAUCCAGCGAGUGUAUAUGAGCAGGAUGACCUGAGCGAAGAAAUGGCCAGUUUAGAAGGGCUGAUGAAGCAACUCAACGCCAUCACCGGCUCGGCUUUUUAACGUCCAGGAUGAAUCUGCGGUCCCACCAUCGGGCAGAGGAACAGCACACAUCAAACUGGGCCUUAACCCUAAUCAGACUGUUGCGUUCUGCGUUCCGCGUUCCUCUGUCUCGGCCUUCAUUCCACUCUGCGAUGAGACAGAAAAAAGGGAGAAAAAUAAGUCGGACUCAUAGAAGACUCAGCAGUUUUUUUUACAAAUAAAAAAGGACCUGAUGAAAGUUGGACCUCCUGAAAAGGUUUUCACCGUCAUUUUUGUGGAUUUUCCUUUGGUUGCACCACCGUGUUUAUUUGCCAUCCUUCAAGACCUAAAGAACGUAAAGCGACGUCUCCAGACCCAUCCUUCUGUUUUCUAAAUAUAUACACCAAGCUCUACUGUUCCUUCCAACCAAACCUGCGAUGGUUGCUGCCUGAUUGUUGGACUUUUAAAAACAUCAUCACAAGCGGAACAUCUCAGCUUUGUGUGGUCAUUAUUCCAGGAGGAAAAAACUGUGUACUGUGUGUACAAUAUUCCACCUACACUUACUUAGUAAACAGAGGUCUGAGCGUUCUUCCUUUGGGCCGUGCUAAAUAAUGCAUCUCAUCACAGAUAUACCUCUGAUUUCAUUGCUCGCCUUUGACUUUCUACCACGACUGUGUUUCUCCUUCAAAACGUCACGUACAUCCCUCAUGUUGUAUAUUUUACAUUCAUUUGCUCAGUAAAAGCUGCAAAUAUUUUUGGAGAACAGUAAAAUAGCAGCUUGUAGCUCUGUCUCACGUUUCCACGUGCAUUUGAACCCACAUAACACGAAGCCUAUGAGCGGUCAGAGCCGACGGUCCGGUCGAGACACUUCGUCAGCAGCGCAUGGAAAUAAGGCGAAUGAGCAACUCCACUCCUCACGGGCGCUCGUCGGAUUGAUGGAGAUGACGGGGGGUACAGACAAAAAGCUCCGCCACAUACAAUAAACAGAACAUACUGCUGCGUCAACGCUAACAACGCUCUGCCACUUUCGCUUUCUGUUAUUCCAUUUGUCAGUUUAUUAUCCCCUGAAGUCUGAGAUGUUUAUGUAUGAGCAGGAGAAACAGACGUUUCUACGUGCCUAUAUCCCCCCUUAUUUUGAAGUCACUUUAUUUAUUUGUGCCGUCUAAAGAAGAAAAUGAAGCAUCAAGUCUAUUUUUUUUAUUGCACUUGCGUAAACCUGCCAGAAAUCAGCGACAGGGCGAUAAGGAAUCCCACAUCCUGAAGCCCGGAACAAUGCAAGCAAGGCCCGACGUCUGAUAUUUUUCUUGUAUGCUGUACAUGUGUACUUUAAUAUGGACGAACCAUCUCUGUAGCAACACAAGAAAUGAUCCCGUUUCUCUACUGUACAGAACCGUUAGCAUCCGGAGAAGAUGGCUAGCUCAACCGUAUGGGUGUUUUCUUUUUAGGGUUGAGAUGGGAGGGAGGGUGGAUAGGGGUGUUUUAUACCAGGAAAUUUAAUAUAUUGUUUAGAGUGUACCUUUAUUAAUUUAUAUUGAGGUGUGUCCCAUUUUGCAACAUACAGCCAGGCGUCGUAAUAGUAAGAAUUAUUGGGUAACACAUGAAUCCUGUGCAUUUUAAACACGGUAAGCAUACAUGAUACCUUCAUAAUACCUUAGUAAUAUGAUUUCUGGGUACGGUUUAGCAAAACAGGCCCUAAUGUACAUGUUUCAUAAAAGUCAACUAGUGUAUAGUGAACUUUAAAGAGCAGGAAUCCCUCUGCUAUCAUUUUUCCAACCUAGAGUGAUGAAUUUCACUAUAUUAUACACUAUAUGGCUAAAAGCGUGUCGGACGUUCCAUUUAAAAAACAUAUAGUAUAGCACACCAGCGCCGAGAUUCUGAACUCCUCGGUUUGAAACUCGGCGUUGCCACCGAUCGGCUGGGCGCCAUCUAGCGGGCAUAAUUGGCAGUGCCUAAAGCAGACAUGGUUCUACUAGGGCGGUUUUCAAACGCUGUGUAAGGACCCUGAUUGGCAGAUAGAGAGGAGCCUAUGCAGAGUGCAUGGGUGAAAAAAGGGUUCCACAAAGGGCUGCGUGCAGGUCAGAGGAGCCGUGAGCAGCAAUAUACCCACCUCGACUGCAAUCAGGGAUCCCCCAGCAGCGGAAGACAAACUGACUACGCUAAAUUGGGAGGAAAUAGGAGAAAAUGCAUAAAUAAAAGAGCAAAAAAUGGUAUUAAAUAGUGACCUCUGUGUGAUCCUUUCAGCUAUAACAGCAGCCGCUCUUCUGAGAGGCUUCUCACAAGACUUUGAAAGUCUAAAUGCCUGUUGGAAUUUGUGCCCAUUCAGUCAUUUGUACGACUAGGCACUGAUACUGCUUAAGAAACCUCAGCUGAUGUUCCGAUUCAUUCCAGAGCUGUCCAGUAGGCUGAGGUCAGGGCUCUGUGCGAGACACUGGAGUUACUUUAAACCAAGAUUUUCUUCAUGUCUUAUAGAGCUUGAUUUGUGCACAGUGGUGCAUUUAAUUUCAUUUAUAUAACCGAUAUUCCACCUUUAGAAGGCGUGUCCUAAUACUUUUGUCCAUAUAGUGUCACUAAGCGAUCAGACACAGUGUUAUGUCCUGCUUUACGAGGUAUCAUGUAUGCUUCAGGGCUAAAUUUAUACCGCGUUCUGAAUUAUUCAUCUGAGGAAAAAAGAACUGCAUUGAUCUUGAGCAGACACUUCUAUUUUCCACCUCUUUAGGGAAGAAGAACAUGUGUGCUUACUGGUUUCCACUCGUCUAUGUACGUACGUACGCCAGUUAGCUUUCAGGAAAGUUGGAUCUUAGCGCUCUGUUUGGGAUAACGUUCCAGAACGCACCCACGGUUCACAAACCAGAUUUCCUAAAUGUAGACAUUUCGAUUAGAUAGAUAAACUUCUGACACGUCUUCGAUACUGUGAUGAAUUUUCUAUUCUAAUGGAGCGAACACAAUAAAAUGACACAACACCCGUCUGUGUGUUUCUCCAUCGUCUUUAAAUUUUCCACCUUUAGCGUUGUUAACCAAAUUAGAGUAGACAUUUAAAUAAUGGACUGUAUGGUUUGUUUGGUUUUUUUGACAUUUAAAUAGAGGGGAGAACGUUGCACACCUUCUAAAGUGAGAACACCCCCUUGGCCAUUUUUACCCACCACGUUGUAUACAAUUGCUGGUUUUGUAAUGCACUGUAGAACAGUCUAAUGGUCCUUUUUAUAUAGAAACGGUAUUUCAAUUGUGCAUUUCUUUUUGUUUGAUAAAUAAAGUUUUUGAUAAAAAAGAA